UACGUGCGCGUGUCUUCGUAUACUUGUGCGUGGUUGUGAAACCGCUCUGGGCUCACAGGAGUAGGAGUAGUGCAAGGAGUAGGAAUGUAGCCGGCGGGGCGCUCACGUGGGUACGUGGGCGCAGAGAGGGCCGGCUGUGCAUCCGGCGUGGGCGGCAAAGAGCGACCUGCCCCGCCCAUUGGGUCCCCAAGCUCCCCCUUCCACAGCUUGGCCUCGGUCACCUCGGUCCCCAACUCGGCGCCCGACUCUUGAGUCCCCGCCUCCGCCUCCUGCUCCACACCUUCCCCCCACAUUCCCCCAAGUCUCCUCCUCUCAGUCUCCGCAGCAGCCUCUAGGAGGCUCAGGCCUGGGCUCCCACCCACCGCCUCCGGUCCCAGCCCCCGGUUCUGCCCACGCCCUCCUCCCGCCUGCCCGGCAGCCAGCACAGCGGCGGGCCUCGCUCCCUGUGCGUCCUGCGGGGGAGGAGGCGCGGAGAGGCGGCAAGCGCAGCCGGGGAGGUGGGGGCAGAGGCACACAGAGGCACGAAGGCUCCGAGAGAGAAGACGUGGAGGGAGGGACGGAGCCUGGACAGCGGUGGACCCGGGCCGCGCGCGCCAGGCAAAGAGCAGCGCGCAGCAGGCGCCGGGCACCGAGAGGGGAGGCACAGGCGAUCUCUGGCUGUCCAUGCACAGAGCGCCCUCUCCUACAGCGGAGCAGCCACCUGGCAGAGGGGAUAACACCCGCCGGACCCUGCAACCCAGAUUCAAGGCAAGUGGCCCAAGCAUGGCGCUGCCUCGGACACUGGGUGAGCUGCAGCUGUAUCGGGUCCUGCAGCGAGCCAACCUCCUCUCUUACUACGAGACCUUCAUCCAGCAGGGAGGGGAUGAUGUACAGCAGCUGUGUGAGGCGGGUGAGGAGGAGUUUCUGGAAAUCAUGGCACUCGUGGGCAUGGCCACCAAACCACUCCAUGUCCGACGUCUACAGAAGGCUCUGAGAGAAUGGGCCACCAACCCAGGGCUCUUCAGCCAACCAGUGCCUGCUGUGCCCGUCUCCAGCAUCCCACUUUUCAAGAUCUCUGAGACAGCUGGUACCCGGAAAGGGAGCAUGAGCAAUGGGCACGGCAGCCCAGGAGAAAAGGCGGGCAGUGCUCGAAGCUUUAGCCCCAAGAGCCCCCUUGAACUUGGAGAGAAACUAUCGCCACUUCCUGGAGGACCUGGGGCAGGGGAUCCCCGGAUCUGGCCUGGCCAGAGCACUCCAGAGUCUGAUGUUGGAGCAGGAGGAGAAGAGGAAGCCGGGUCUCCCCCUUUCUCCCCGCCCGCAGGGGGAGGAGUCCCUGAGGGCCCUGGGGCUGGGGGGCUGGCUGCAGGUGGUACAGGGGGUGGUCCAGACCGCCUGGAGCCAGAGAUGGUGCGAAUGGUGGUGGAGAGUGUGGAGAGGAUCUUCCGGAGUUUCCCCAGGGGUGAUACUGGAGAGAUCACAUCCCUGUUGAAGCUGAAUAAGAAGCUGGCGAGGAGUGUGGGGCACAUCUUUGAGAUGGAUGAUAACGACAGCCAGAAAGAAGAGGAGAUCCGAAAGUACAGUAUCAUCUACGGCCGCUUGGAUUCCAAGCGGCGGGAGGGCAAACAACUUAGCUUACACGAGCUGACCAUCAAUGAGGCUGCUGCCCAGUUCUGCAUGAGGGACAACACGCUUUUACUGCGAAGGGUAGAACUCUUCUCACUGUCCCGCCAAGUAGCCCGAGAGAGCACCUAUCUUUCUUCCUUGAAGGGAUCCAGGCUUCACUCUGAAGAGUUGGGAGGCCCACCACUGAAGAAACUGAAACAAGAGGUUGGAGAACAGAGUCAUACUGAAAUCCAGCAGCCUCCUCCAGGCCCCGAGUCCUAUGCACCCCCAUACCGCCCCAGCCUCGAGGAGGACAGCGCCAGUCUGUCUGGGGAGAGCCUAGAUGGCCACUUGCAGGCUGUGGGGUCGUGCCCAAGGCUGACGCCGCCCCCUGCUGACCUGCCCCUGGCAUUGCCAGCGCAUGGGCUAUGGAGCCGCCACAUCUUGCAGCAGACACUGAUGGAUGAGGGGCUGCGGCUCGCCCGCCUCGUCUCCCAUGAUCGUGUGGGCCGCCUCAGCCCCUGUGUGCCUGCGAAGCCGCCUCUCGCAGAGUUCGAGGAAGGGUUGCUGGACCGCUGCCCUGCCCCAGGACCUCAUCCUGCUCUAGUGGAGGGUCGCAGGAGCAGCGUCAAAGUGGAGGCAGAAGCCAGCCGGCAGUGAAAGUGGGGGAGUCUCAGACCCAGGACCCAGACUUCUGGCUCACUUAGACCCCCACAUUCUCCAUCCUUGCACUCGCCACUACCCUAGAAGGAUCCUUCUGCUGCCCUCUGCCUCCCAUCCGCUCCAUGGGCACAGGACUAUGGGGCUUCAAGCAAUAACAAGCAGGGGCCUGGCCAGAGGACACAAGGAGGGUGCAAGGUGCGCCCUCACCCGGCUCAGGGGCACGGACUUUGCCUCCAGCCUGCGGGGGCUCUCCUUUCUCUCAUAUCACACACACACCCAUACACCCUUUCUCCAGGUGGCCAGCAGUGGUGUGAGCAGCUGAACUACUCCGCUUGGACACGGAGAAAGAACUUCCCCGGGGAAGGUCUAGCAGCUUACAGUGGAACCAUUUACUCUGAGACUGGGGGCUUGGGAAAACUGGGUCUCCCCUCCCGAUCCCCAUUUUUCGUGCUUCUAGUUUGUUUCUUUAAUUUAACAAGUGCUGCAGUUUGUCUGCCCAUUCUCAUCGCCCCCUUCCAGCAGUCCCCCCCACACACACACUGUGUGGGAGGGUGCCCCGCAGUUCCCUCCACCAGCCCCUUAGAGGCCUGUGUUGGACCCCGGGCCGCCUCAGCUGGCAGGACUGCAGCACCUGUCGAACACUUAUCGUGUCUUUCUUUUCAGAUUGUGUACAGUAGAUUAUUUAUUUUGUUAUUUUGGAAUAAAAUUUAUUUUAUGGCUUAGGA